CACUUAUUGUCUGCACACAAACAAAAGAAAGAGAAGAGGAAAGGAAAGGAAAAGAGAGAGAAGAACAUGGACAGAGAUGGAACGUCACAUAUUAAUGAGGAAAAGGCACACAUUCUAGUAGUGACAUAUCCCAUACAGGGCCACAUCAACCCACUCCUCCAAUUCUCUAAGCGCUUAGCUUCAAAAGGGCCAAAGGUCACUCUCAUCAUCCCUUCCACCACCAUCAGAUUCCCCGCGAAUGCCAGCACGAGCUUGAUCUCGGUUGCAUACAUCCCCGACGGGCACGAGGAGGGAGAGAUCCUAAGUGUCGAUGAAGAACUCAAGCAAUUUCGAGCUGUCGUCUCUCGAACCUUAGGAGAUUUUAUUCAGGAACAGGUCGAGUCCAAAUUCCCACCCACGGUCCUAGUAUACGAUGCGGUCAUGGUAUGGGCCUUGGACAUAGCCCGUGAGCAAGGGUUGCAUGGGGCCCCAUUCUUCACCCAGUCAUGUGUGGUUAACGCCAUAUACCAUUUGGUGCAUCAUGGCCUGGUUAAGAUUCCGGUGCUGGGACCAUUCAGUUUGAUCCCAUCAGCACCCCUGCUUGAAGUGAGUGAACUCCCAUCGUUGGUUACCAACACUGAAUUAUACCCGGUAUUGAUGUCGAUGGUCAUCGGCCAGUUCUCAAACUUGAAGGGAGCCAAGUGGAUUCUGGUCAAUACUUUCUUUGAGCUCGAAGAGCAGGCGGUAAAGUGGAUGAGGACCCAAUAUCCAAUCAUGACUAUUGGGCCAACAAUCCCAUCAAUCUACUUGGAUCAGAGACUGGAAGAUGACAAAGAUUAUGGGCUCAGCCUCUUCAAGCCCGAAGUGGAAGCAUCCAUGAAGUGGCUUGACUCCAAGGAAGCAGCUUCAGUCAUCUAUGUAUCUUUUGGGAGCUUAGCUUCUCUGGGAGAAGAGCAAAUGGAGGAGCUAGCCUGGGGACUCAAAAACAGCAAAAUCCAUUUCCUAUGGGUGGUCAGGGAAUCGGAGAAGAAGAAACUCCCGGCUGGCUUCCUAGAUGAAAUUGCGCCAUCGGACAUGGGUUUGGUCGUGGGCUGGUGCUCACAACUUGAAGUACUAGCCCAUAAAGCGGUAGGGUGCUUCGUGACUCACUGCGGGUGGAACUCGACACUGGAAGCCUUGUGCUUGGGAGUGCCAUUGGUGGCAAUGGCUCAGUGGACGGACCAGCCCACGAAUGCGAAGUUCAUCGAGGACGUGUGGAAGGUUGGGCUCAGGGUCAAGACCGGUGAGAAGGGCACUGCAAGUAGGGAAGCAAUUGAGGCCUGUGUUAGGGAGAUGAUGGAAGGGGAGAAAGGCAAAGAGAUCAGGAGGAAUUCUUUGAAGUGGAGAGAGUUGGCCAAACGAGCAGUCGGUGAAGGAGGGAGUUCGGAUAAGAACAUCGCUGAGCUUGUUGCUGAACUUGUAUGACAUUGACAUGUCCAUGGCACAAAACACAAGGAUUGCAUGGAUCAAUGGAUCUUGUAUGUGACACACAUGACAAUUAUUCAUGGGUUCUGUUCUAAAUUAGUACUCAUUCCGAACCCAUUAGGUGCUCUGAUAGGCCCUAGAUGUACUAUCCGCCGAAUAAGAAAUUUCAUUUGAAGCUGAAUUCCGAGUUUUAGGCAUCAAAGUACUCAGCACACAGCAAAAGAACUUUCUCUCCUCAUUAUGUGUGUAUCAGUUAUGAAACAUACCUUGAUGCUGUCCCUCUUUUGUUUUUUGGAUGAAUUUGAAGCUGUUCCUCUGUUUUACCUUUCUC